AUGGAGAAAUCCAGCGACGAGCUCAACCCUGAAAACAGAGCGACGGCUCCCGGAGCUGGAAAGGAUGGUCCCGCACCCCCGGCGGAAGAUGCUGCAGAAAUGAGCCGAGCGGGACCCCCAAGAGAAAAUGCUGCAGACGCGGAGAGGCUGGAACUCGCUGAAGAACUCACUAAAGAAAUGGAAAGCCCUUCUGGCGCCGAGCGGGAUAGUCCCGAUGCCUCGAAACUCACCGUUUCAGAAGGAGACUGUCCAAACUCGGUGCCUCUCGUCACACUCACCACCUCAGACCCUCCCGACGCGUGCAGUUUUGAGAUGAACCACCCAUGUCCAGCCACCGUGACCGUUGAUUUGGACUGCCUAGUCUGCUUCAACAAGUACAACAUCUACCGAGUGCCGAAGCUCCUGGACUGCCAGCACGCCUUCUGCGCCGUCUGCCUCAAGCUCAUCCUCAGGAAAGAAGAGACCACCUGGAUAAUCACCUGCCCGCUGUGCAGAAAAGCCACCCCCGUGUCAGGAGGACUCAUCCGCACGCUCCGAAAUAAAGAGGACGUCAUGGAGCACUUGGAAAACCCCGACUCCCAUCCUGAGGUACACAUCUCCGCCGCAGGGCUGGACAGCAGCAGCUGGACCCCGACGCACCAAGAAGCUUUAUACCGAGAGGAAAAUGUUCCUGCAGACAACAGACUGGCUGUGCAGAGACUCGUGCUGCUCCUGCUGCUCGUGGUGAUCCUCACCAUCCUCAUCCUUCCGUUCAUGUACUCGGGGCUGAUCAAAUGGGUAAUUUGUCUCGUGCUCACUUUGGGGUUGCUCAUGUCUAUGGUGCUUUGCUGCACUCCUAAAUUCUACUGGAGGUGUAACAGGGACUCCCUCACCUCCUGCCACAAGCAGACCCACAUCGUUGCUAUUGCCUGA